UCAGGACAACAGUAAACAACUGUCUGACUGACUGUGCAUCACAGGGAGUGCAUGAGUGACCAAUUGGUUUCGGCCUAGUACUUGUUCUGUAUACAGAUUUGAUGUGAAAAUAUCCUGUAACGGAAUGGAUUCGGAAAGCCUAAAGGUGAAGAGCACGAGAAGAAGGGAACUCCCACCCCUGCCUCAGACAUCACGGGGACGAACUCUGCCCUCCUUGGCCAGUGAUGACACACUAGAUGAGGUUCCAGUGCCCAGGACCAGAAGGAAGAAGGCCAAGCGAGAGACCGAUGGCACGGAGGAUACAGAGGGUGAUACUGCUAUGGAGAUGGGGGGUCUAGCGAGUCGUAGGCAGUCGGGCAGCCAAACACCUGUGACCCCUGAACUGCAGGAAGUCACUGCUCCAAGAAAAAAGAAGAAAAAGAAACAACAGACCAUCGAUCUGGAGGGGGACCAGGCAGGUCUGGUGAAUGGUGAUGCUGUUGAACAGACCACAGAUGGAGAGGAGAUACCACGGAAAUCCAAAAAGAAAAAGAAGCCCAAGGUGGUGGAGAUGCAGUAUGUUAAUGACCUGGACGUCGAGGAGGAUGACAUCAUCUCUGACGCCCAGUCACCGAUCCCCCAGCAUUCCCUGUUCUCUGCCCCAGUCGGGCAGAGCCAACCUGUGGGGAAAGUGUUCGUGGAACGUGGCCGACGCUUUCAAGCUGCCGAUCGGAUCGACAAACGGAAGGCAAGUGAUCAGCUGGAUACAAACUUCAUGGACAUCCAGUCCAUGUGGACGACCAGAGACGUUUCUUUGAAAGUGCACAGUGGAUAUAGGGUGAUCGGCCUUUUUGCUCACGGGUUCCUGGCGGGUUACGCGGUGUGGAACAUCAUUGUGAUCUACGUUCUGUCUGGAGAAGAUUUCAGCACCCUGGGGAACCUGCUUCAGCAGUACCACAGCUUGGCCUACCCCUCCCAAUCUCUGCUCUACCUCCUGCUGACUCUAAGCACCGUGUCUGCCUUUGACAGGGUGAACUUGGCCAAAGCCACCAUAGCUAUGAGGAGUCUGCUCAUGUUGGACCCUGUUGCUCUUGCCUCCUUAUUAUACUUCUCUGCGCUGGUGCUAACCCUCAGCCAACAGAUGACCAGUGACCGCAUCAACCUCUACCCAAGCUCCAACUCAACCCUUUGGCCCCCCGGCUCUGAGCACUCAGUCCUGUACCCCUGGGUCAUCGUGAACCUGGCAGUCACGCUGAUGGUGGGGCUCGCCUGGGCACUCAUCUCCACUGGACCCGAGACGGACCACACAGAGGAGUUCCUGUUGUCUAUGGAAGUGGAAUACCCCAAAAUUCCAGAAAAGGGUGAAAUGCCAGCCUGAUACACACAGGGUUCCUUGCACCAAUUGCACCUUUUUUACUUGUUACGUUUUAAUUAAGUGUUUUGUAAAUACACAUUUUUUGUAUGGUCUCUGUAUAUAGUAUUUGGCUGGUCAAUACUUGCAUGGCAUCCUUUUUUAAAAACAAAAAUAAAUCAGUAUACACCACCA